AUGAACUCCUCAGCACUACAGUUGGUACAGGUUAUCGACGAAAAUGGAGAAGACAUAGCUUUUUAUGAUGAUAUUGACCUGGGCAUUACUCUUGAGAACUUCAGACAAUUACUGAUUAAAAAACUGGCAUAUGCUACUCUAGCUAAUGCUACUCCUACUUUUGACUUUGCCUUCAAGAAUGCACCAAUUUCUUUAACGCAGGAAAAUUUUCUGACACUACAGCAAGUCACAUGUAAAUUGGAAUCUGGGGACAACAGAUUUAAAAUAACGUUAAAAUUCAGGAAUAAAAGACACUGUUUUACUGAGAGCAGUGCUCCAGCUAAAAAACAACAAUGUGUACAAGAUGACUUCAUCGACUUCGAAAUGACCCAUCGACUUCGAAAUUAACAGCAUCAGGUGAAGCAACAAGCUCAAAAACGGGAGUGCGAAUUUUUAGUGAUAGUGAAGUCAAUAUGCCAUUCAUAUCUAAUUUCUAGAGGGAAAAGCGACUGUUUUGGAACACACUCACUGCGAAGCUUGAUCAACACCCAAUCUAUGGUAACUGGACAGUGCAAGAAAAGCAUAGGAUACUUGAUACAGAAUGGACUC